GCGACUUCUGGGCGACAGUCUCGAGCCGCCAGUGGUCCCAGCAGCGCCUCAUCGCCGACGCCGCCCCGCCCCGUCUGGAGCAGCCAGUCGUCAGCCCCGAUCCGUUUCGCACCCCACAGCAGCCGCGAACGACGAGGGCCAGGACAGAGGACAGAGGGACGCCGACGACGCCUUGAGUCCGAGUGCCGAUGGCGCCCAUCCCGACGGCCUGCCGAGCCCGUGCGCUAUGACCAGUGCCACCAGCUGCUGCUGCAACAGCUGUCUCCGCGUACGCUUUGUCGAGGUGUGGACGCACCGCGACAGGGACGCAAUCUGAAACGCUCGCCGCGUCUCGACCCGGACUGUUUCUAUUUUCUUAACGAACCGCCCAGCUGAGUCUUGAUUUUGGCACGCGAGUCGCGGUCGCGAGUUCCCCGAAAGGGACAGUACGCCCCGAUUCCGAUUUUAAGAGACUGGGCGCCUGGCCGCAUAGUCAGUCUCAGUCGACAGUAGGAUUUAGCAGAAGAAACAAGAAGGAGGACACAGCCAGGGCCUGGCCUGGACCCGGGUGGCUGCUGCUGUCUCUAAAUUGCAGUCUGAUUUCCGCUCCCGCAGAGUGCCAAAACUAGACGAGCUACCAUGAAGGUCACAUCCGGUCGCUGUAAAGGAGAUGGGGCGAGGUUUUCUGAAGCCGUUGAGGCCGCCGGGCACGGCAAGUUCCAGUACCUGGCCUUCAUCACGGCCGGCCUCGUGUACUUCACCUCUGGGAUGGAGAGCGGCAUCAACGCCUACAUCCUCCCCUCCGUCAAGUGCGCCUUCCAGCUCAGCGACUCGCAGAUGGGCAUCCUCAACGCCCUCUUCCUCGGAGGAGGCGCGCUGGCGGCGCACUUGUGGGGCGCGCUGAGCGACGCGUACGGCCGCCGGCUCGUCCUGGUGUGCACCGCGCUGCUGGACGCCGUGUGCAUCGUGGCCUCCACGUUCGCCACCUCCUACUCCCUGUUCGCCGUGCUCCGCCUGUUCGCCGGCAUGCUGAACAUGGCGCCGGCGGGUCUGUCCUUCCUCUACCUGGGCGAGUUCAUCGGGGACAAGCGGCGCUCGUCGUACGCGCAGGCCAUGGGGACCAUGUGGAUCGCGUCCUGGAUCCUGCUGCCCGGCCUGGCCUGGGUCAUCAUCCCGCAGCCCUGGUCCGUGGACGUGCUGGGCGUGCGCCUGGAGUCGUGGCGCCUCUUCAUGGGGCUGCUGCUGGUGCCCAACCUGGUGGCCGCGUCGCUCGCCUUCUACAUGCCCGAGACCCCCAAGUACCUGCAGGCGGCCGGCCGCGAGGACGACGCGCUGCGGGUCUACCGCCGCAUCUACGCCACCAACACGGGCGACCACCCGGACAACUACCCGAUCAAGCGCCUGCGCCUGCCCGUCGCCGCGGCCGCCGCGUCCUCGGCGCACGGCAAGGACGUGCUGCACGUGCUCGCGAGGACCGUCAGGCUCUCCUCGGAGCUCAUCCGCCCGCCCGUGCUCUACCGCACCGCCCUCUGCUGUGUCAUCUACUUCUGCAGCAUGUUUGUAAUGUACGGCUUCGGAUACUGGCUGCCCGAGCUGCUCAGUCGGUUCCAGAUGCACUCCAACGCCCACCCGGGCGAGAGGCACUACGUGUGCGAUGUCAUUCUCGCCGCCGAGACGGGAUCAAACUCCACGCUGGAGCUUGGGGGAAACACGAACUGCGGAGAUUCCUCUGUGGUUGACCCUUCCGCCUUCCUGAACACGGCCAUAGUAAACUGUGCCUCGAUGGGCAUCAACCUGAUCUCCACCGUCUCGACCGGAUACGUGGGUCGACGCACCUUGUCCGCCGCCGCCAACCUCAUGGCUGGACUCGUCGGUUUCGGUCUGUUCUGGGCGUCCGCGACCAUGGAGGUGGUCGCCGUCGCCAUCUUCUUCAACGCCAUGGCCGAGACGGGCUGCAUCGGCAUCAACACCAUGGUCGUUGACAUUUUCCCAUCACGCGUCAGCGGGGUGGGUGUGGCGAGCGUGAUGCUGUCCGGUCGGCUGGGCGGCUCCGUCGGCAACCUGGCGAUGGGUUACCUGCUGGAGCACUCCUGCGUGUUGCCCCUCACGCUACUGUUUGGCACAGCCAUCGUGUGCGGUGUUCUUUGCUGCUUGGCGCAUCGGCGUUAUGCCGAGGACGACGACAAGGUACCGGCCGCGCAAGGGGAGCAGACCAUGGCCAACAAGACCAAGGAAGACGUCGUGGUCGUUUUGAAAGCACCUGCACAGACUCAGGCAGCAGUGCAAGAGCUGCCCGCCUUACAGGCAAACCACAUCUAAUCGAAUCAAAUAAACUGUUUACGGAAACUGAAA